UCUUCUUCUUCUUCUUCUUCUUCUUCUUCUUCUUCUUCUUCUAGUUCAAUACAUUUUAACUCUUUUCAUUAAGAAAUGGCAUCCCAAGCCAUUGAGAGUCACCGGGAAGGUGCAGAGAUCGUAAAAGGUGACGCCUCUUGCAAGAAGAAGGCUGCCGAAGUGCUCGGAGAGCUCGGUCUUCCGAAUGGUUUGUUUCCAUUGGAUGACAUUCAAGAGUUUGGUUACAACCGUGCAGGUGGAUUCAUUUGGCUUGUCCAGAAGAAGAAGAAGGAACACACAUUCAAGAAGAUCAAACAAGUUGUGUCUUAUGCCACUGAGGUUACUGCCUUUGUUGAGAAGGGAAAGAUGAUGAAGAUCAGCGGAGUGAAGACUAGAGAGCUUCUUCUUUGGCUGUCUGUUGUGGAGAUGUACAUUGAGGAUCCUUCUUCUGGGAAAAUCACCUUCAAGACCGGCACUGGCCUCUCUGAUAGCUUCCCUGUGUCUGCUUUUGAGCUUGAAUAGAGAGAUACAUUUGAGCCCUUUAAUCUUCAUCAUAUGAAUUUUGUUUCUUAAUUUGUUUUUGUUUAAAUAUGAUUGUGUUGAAGUGAAUGUGGUCACUGUUGUUCCUAAGCAAGAAAAGGAUAAGAAUUAAUUUGUAAGCUUCUCCAUUUUAUACUUUUCUAAAUGUCUCUUUUUCUAUUUAUCAAGA